AUGCUGUCACGCCUUCAAUAUUCUAACCAAUUCUCUAGAAUCUCUACACUAAUCAGUCCUACUGAGUUUGGAGGUUUCCUAUUCCUAUUUCCUAUAUAAAUAAACAUAUCAAAGAACAAUUCAAAAAAUAAAAAAUAGUAACACAGUAAGUGUAUAUCCUAUUAUCCUGUGCUUCAAGAUGAAGAAAGCAGAAGUGGUGUUUAUCCCUUUUCCUGGUGUGAGCCAUCUAGUUUCCACCCUUGAAUUCGCGAAGCUUCUAAUCAAUCGUGAUAACCGUCUCCGAGUAACUGUUUUAGUUAUCAAAUUCCCACAUAUAUCAGAAAAUGAUGUCAACACUAAAUCCCUUCCUAUCUCAGAUUCUCUCAACAUCAUCAACCUUCCAGAAGUUUCUCUUCCUCCAAACACCAAUCCAGGUUUCGCUUCCAUGCCUGCUCUCCUCGAAGCUCAGAAACCAAAUGUCAAACAAGCCGUUUCUAACCUCACUACUGGAGGAGGAGAAAAUGGAGUCCUCGCCACCAUCGUUGUUGACAUGUUCUGCACCACCAUGAUUGAUAUUGCCAAAGAAUUUUCAGUUCCUAUGCUCGUCUUCUUCACUUCUGGCGUUGCUUCCCUUGGUUUGAAUCUUCAUAUUCAUACCCUCCGUGAACGAGACAACGUUGAUUCAACUCAGUUGCAGCAGCAGAAAGAGUUAGCCAUCCCGACUUUCGCUCACUUGUUUCCUUCAAGCUCAUUGCCUGGUUCCGUCCUAAGCAAGGAAUGGGAACCGUUUUUCAUGAGCUUCAUAGAAGGCCUCAAGAAUGCCGAUGGCAUUAUAGUAAAUUCAUUUGAAGAGCUAGAAUCACACGCGGUUCACUCCUUUUUCAAUCAUCCUGAAUUAACAAGUUUACCAAUUAUAUAUCCGGUAGGACCUAUAUUAAGUCCUGAGCCCAAAACCAAGGACGUUGUUGGUUCUGAUAUCAUCAACUGGCUUGAUGAUCAACCUCUUUCUUCUGUUGUUUUCCUCUGCUUUGGGAGCAGGGGUUGUUUCGAUGAGGACCAGGUUAAGGAGAUCGCACAUGCUAUUGAGAAUAGUGGGGCCCACUUCGUAUGGUCUCUCCGUAAACCAGCACCAAAGGGCGCCAUGGCUGCACCUUCUGAUUACACUCUUUCUGAUCUGUGUUCGGUUUUACCAGAAGGAUUCUUAGAUCGAACGGAAGAGAUUGGAAGGGUGAUUGGUUGGGCCCCACAAGCCCAAAUACUAGCACAUCCAGCCAUAGGAGGAUUUGUUUCACAUUGUGGCUGGAAUUCCACACUCGAGAGCAUAUAUUUUGGUGUGCCCAUUGCAACAUGGCCGCUCUUUGCUGAGCAACAGGUUAAUGCUUUUGAAUUGGUGUGUGAGUUGAAGAUUUCCGUGGAGAUUGCGUUAGAUUAUAGGGUGGAGUUUAACAGUGGUCCUAACUAUCUUUUGACUGCUGACAAGAUUGAGAAAGGAAUAAGGAGUGUGUUGGAUAAGGAUGGAGAGUUCAGGAAAAAAAUGAAAGAGAUGAGUGAAAAGAGUAAGAAGACUCUGUUAGAAGGAGGAUCUUCCUCCAUUUAUUUAAGUCGUUUAAUUGAUUAUAUUAUGAACCAGGUAUGAAAUUAAACUAUCCUAGUACCUACUUACAAAAAUGUAAGAGGUGCACAUGUUAUUUUUGUGUCCAGUGUACUCAUCCUUAUAUAUUGUAAUAACUUCUACUCAAUGAAUGAAGCUUGUGCACAAAUUGUAACAAAAAAACUUAAAAUAACUAGUUUGUUAUAAACAUCUAACUUAAAAGAUUGCAGGAGGUAUUUGGCCUUUAAUUUUUUUAUGUAAACACAAUUUGGUUAAGAAUAAAAAUGUAUCAGUAACAUACAGGAAGAAUCAAUUCUAUCAACCCUGCUUUUUUUAAUGA